UAUGAUAAACUUAUAAAUUAUAAUUUAUUACUAUAGGUACUAUAAAUGCAAAGAAUCGUCAAAGUACCUAUGUCGAGGCUCGAUCAAAAUUGUAAAAAGAAAUAAUGUUCAGGUUAUUUGAAUUUAAUCAACACUAAUGAAGCCGCUUUAAAAACAUUGAAGAUGAUUAUGGUAAUUCCUUUACUUCCAGCUCAACGAAUUGAAGAAGGAUUUAUUGAAGCAAAGCGUUAUGCAUCUAUGCAUAAUGUAAAUAUGCUCAGGUUGUUCAAUUACUAUGAACGAUAUUGGCUGCAAAACGUUGGUGUAGAAGUACUGUCUGUAUACAAAAAAAAAUUUAGGACUAAUAAUAAUGUUGAAUCGUUUCACAAUAAACUACGACAAAUGUUCCAGACUUCUCAUCCAAAUAUUUGGGUAUUUUUAGGAAAUAUAUGCAAACUUAUUGAAAACUAUUCAAUAAAGCUUAACCAAACAGACAAUGGUUUAGUCAUUUUACAUACAAAACGGGCAAAAUAUGUCGCCAACGAUAAGCGGAUUAAGUCUGCAAGUCAUCAACUUCGGCAAGGAUUAAUAAGCGUAGGAACAUUUUUAAAACGUUGUUCUUAUAGUGUAGCUGGAUAUGAAGAAAGAAUGCGAGCACUGGCAAUAGGACAAAUUUAUAAUGAAGCUGUUGAAAAUCAAGUACCUCAGUUGCUAGAUAUACCCAAUGGAGAAGUAUUGAACCAUAAUAUGGAUGAUGAAGUUGUUGAAAAUCAUGAUGUCCAUCAUGAAAGAAGAAAUAUUUUUGAUGUCAGUGAUGAUGAGGUAGUAGACCUAGACCAGGAAACCGCAGCUGAUAUGAGUGAUGAAGUUGUUGAAAAUCAUGAUGUCCAUCAUGAAAGAAGAAAUAUUUUUGAUGUCAGUGAUGAUGAGGUAGUAGACCUAGACCAGGAAACCGCAGCUGAUAUGAGUGAAAAUGAGGAAGAUUAUUAUACCCCAGAAGACAGGGAUCCUGAUAUGAUCAUGAUGAUGGAACGUGAGGCUAGGCAACGGCAACUAGAUAUCGAUAACAUUCCUUUUGUGCGAAUUCCACCCGUUCUUCCUUCAUUGGAAAAUCAACAACAGCUGUGUGUAAUAUGUAUUGUGGAAGAAAGAACACACGCCUUGAUACCCUGUGGCCAUACAAUAAUAUGUGAAGAUUGUCUAAAUCGUUUGGAACCUAAGCGUUGUCCCCUUUGCACCAACAAUUUCACUGGCUCUUUGAGGAUAUUUUCAUAA